UCAAACCGAGCCUGCUGCAGGAUCAGGAUGUGAGGACAAAGAUCCCACCUGAGCGAUGGUAGCACACGGUGCGUGAAGAUGGUCAGCUAGCCAGCGGCAUCCUUCUUGCUGACCCUCUGUUUUAUUUUGGUCAAAUGUCAGUAAGCGUCUCGUGACAUUAGAUCCGGUCGACGCCAGCAGCCGAGCAGUGGUUUCCAGCUGGGCUUUAACAGAGAGAAGAUGGGACCUGCACCGAUUCUCCCGUAGCCUGUGCCUGUGAGCCAGCGACAAUGUGUAGGCCUGGUGUUAUCAGCAAUUUAACAACAAUAUUUUGUCCUUCAAAUCAAUGACCAUGGACGUCAGAGACGUGCUGCAAUUCGCCACUGUCACCAGGGGCCUCUCUUUAUUGUUUCAGGUUGUCUUGAAUGCUGCCAUCCCUGACCAUGAGGCUGAUGCGUUCAGCCCCCCACGGACAGAGGAGCCUCUGUACUUGGACUCUACAGUGGAGUGGCUGUUGGGCGGCCUCUCCCGUUGGGAUGCCGAGCAUUUCCUCUUCAUCGCCGAGAGAGGGUACCUGUACGAGCACAACUUUGCUUUCUUCCCCCUUCUCCCUGUCAUCCUCCGUGGCCUGGCAGAGACUCUGCUGUGGCCCCUCAGCAGCUGGCUGACCGUGCGGGGCCGUCUGCUGCUGGCUGUCGCUCUGGGGAACAGUGCCCUCUUCCUGCUGAGCGCGGUAGCCCUGUACGCGCUCAGCCGAAUAGUACUGCAGGACAGACGCCUGGCUCUGCUCUCCAGCCUGCUCUACUGCCUCACGCCUGCCAACGUCUUCAUGACCGCCGGAUACUCCGAGAGCCUGUUCGCCGCGCUCACGUUCGGUGGUCUGUUCCUCCUGGAGAAAGGGUUCACUUUCAGAGCCUGCUUGGCCCUCGGCAUAGCCACUGCAGCUCGAUCCAACGGACUUGUGAACAUAGGAUUCCUGCUGUAUCUUCCAUCACUGCAUGCUCUUUCCCAGAUUCGUGUAUACCGUACGACUAUAAAAGGUCACACUAAAGUCUUCCACUAUAUUUUGGUCAUUAUUCGCCUCCUGUUCACUUCUCUAUUAGGAACUGCAAUUAUUGCCCUUCCCUUCUGUGCUUUUCAGUACUACGGGUAUAGGACGUUUUGCACACCGUCUGUCUCCUUGGAGCGGAUCCCCCCUGCUCUUCUGUCACUGGCUGAGAGGAAGGGCUACAGGGUCCCAGAUGAGAACGGACCCCCACCUCUCUGGUGCAUGAGACCCCUCCCCCUGCUUUACUCUCAUAUCCAGGAUGUGUACUGGGAUGUGGGCUUCCUCCGCUACUUUGAGCUGAAGCAGAUACCUAACUUCCUUUUGGCUCUGCCCAUGGCUACUCUUGGCAUAAUGGCAGCUUACGCUUACUACCAAGCCAACCCAGACCUGUGUCUGAGACUAGGACUAUGGGAGUCGGGUGCCCAUAAACGGCUAGACAAGCCCACCCCUGGAUUAUACAACCCCAGGGUGUUUGUGUACAUUGUGCAUUCUACAGUGCUCCUGGUGUUUGGAACAUUGUGCAUGCAUGUGCAGGUUCUGACCAGAUUCAUGGGCUCGUCCUCUCCUGUGCCCUUCUGGAUCAGCGCACAUCUGCUCCUCCUCAACGAGCCGCUGCUUCAUCGACGGAAAACCUCAACACCCAAUGUACGGCUAUGGACAAACACCUCCUCCAGAAAUGGAUGCAGUCAUAUGUCCCAUAACCCCAUCACAGCCCUGCUUCCACACUGGAAAAUCUGCUCCCCGACCACACAAUGCAUCUUGGGAUACUUCAUCUCUUACUGGGUACUGGGUCUGGCACUGCAUUGCAACUUCUUGCCAUGGACUUAACUUGAUGCAUUCCUGUGAGCUUAAAAUGCAAUACUUUCAUACAGGGCUGGGUUAUAUACCAUACUGGUUUGAAUCCAUAUGAAAAAGUAUUUUCACAGCAUAUCAAAAGUAUAAUUUUCCCCAAAAAUAUAAAAAUUGCAUAUUGCAAUAGCAUUACAAAGAAUUCUUCAUGGAAUCCACAUAAUGACAGUUUAUUAAAAAGCUUAAUUUGUACUAGGGGAAAAACAAAUGUCAGAUAUUGUUAUACCAUGUAUAGUAAGAAAAACACUGGAUCACCAUGUUCUGGCUAUAUUGCCCAGCCCUAUCUUCACAAAAUAAAUAAUAGAUAAUAACAAUAAACAAUAAAAGCCAGUUAUAUAACUCAUAUUACUCAUAUGGUUAAGAGUUAUUGUUUCUUUGAUUUAAAUGCUUAUUUAUCAAUACUCAUUAGUUAAUGCAUUUGAAUUGCACAUUUUUUGUCAAACAUGUUUGGAAUUGUUUGAGAACUCAGAUGUACACUGUACCUGAAAUUUGAGUGAUUAUUAACUGUGGGAUCUUAAAUCUUGGGAAGAGCUUUGGUUGUACUGGAAAAUACUAAACAUUUGAGUUCUUGGUGUAAAGAUUUAAAUGUUCACUCUUUUCUACAAGGUUGCACUGCAUGGUUGGAAGAAUGAAUGAAUGAGAAUUGACGUUAAAGUCUGGACUUUUUGAAUGUGGAUGAAUAAAAAUAGGAUUUUGUUGCUGUA